AUGACCACUAUCUCACCUAGAAAGCACCAAAAAGCUCAUUGGGAAAGCUUUGAUAACAUCUAUAAGCAACAGAUGAAUCAUAUGAAGAAAACAAGGCGGAAAAGGGUCAGAAAAUCAUUAAACACGUUUAAGAAUAACUCUUAUUGCCAGCCUCAAAAUCUAGAGUUGGAAAGCUCAAGCUUGAUGUACCCGCUUGAUGAGAAUAAAUAAAAUCAAAAUUUCGUUUCUAAAGAACAAAAAUAAGAUAACUUUGGAGCCAAUCUUUUAUAAAUAACAGAGAAUCUCUAGCAGUCAUGGACCAAGAUAAAUCUCUUGCACCAACUGCAAGCACAAAGAAGCUAAUUAAGCGGAUUCGAGAAGUUAGAAGAUCAAGAGACCCCAGGAGUCACAAUGAAGCUACUAGUCCUGAAAGACCUAAUGCUGAUCUUGUUGAAUUUGAUGACAACCAACUUAAUGAAUCAGAUGAAGAUAGAUAUGAACCUAUGCAGCCUGCUCUUAAAAACAUUCUGAAUCCUCAAGAGCGGAACAUUCGACUAACUGAGCUUAAAUAGAAAGAGACAGGACAAAAGGACAGUAUCUUCAUUUCCUUCCAAGCUGAGAAGUCCUCAAAAUAACGAUUACAAACAGCAAGAAGAAAUCUCGCCUUUGAGAGCUGAAUCUGAAGAAUUGUAUAAUCUUUGCCACAAGCUCCCAAUUUUUAGCAAGACUAUCUACAAGAGGAAGGAGAGUGACAGCAGUUUGCUAAAUUCAGAUAAUACGUUCGAAAAUGUGGAUAAAAAGAUCAAUAAAAUUUCCUUCGUUGCCAGACCUGUUGGACAAAAGGCUUUGAAGGAUCCUUAUUGAAUUGAUGCAGAGGAUCAAAAGCAUAUCUCUCCUCAAGAGUUUUACAAGAACCAUAAAAAGCAAGGGCGAUAUCAUGACUCUAAAGGCACUGAAGCAUGGCAAGGCCUCUUCCCUAGUAAGAAUCUUUGGAAUGGUGAUUCUUUGGCUGAACAAGUGAAGCAAAAUUCACUAAGAAAGCAUGGAAUUCUAUCCUACAGCUUGGAUAGGAGGAAUUUGCAUAAAUCAAUCACUUACUUGAGAAGAACAGAUAAGAUUUUUAAGCUAGUAGAUCUGAAGAGGCAUUCGAUAUUUCGAGAUUUAGAGAGUGGUAAUUUUAAAGGAUAA